GCUCGGCGUCCUUGCUCGCCGCACGGGUCCACGCAGCACGACACCGACGGCGACGCAUCUCUCUGCCAUCGUCCGAGGCGCUGCGCUGCGACAAAAAUCGGUUUGCCUCGCCUCGUGCGACACUCCGGCUCGCUGCGACGUAAAUCUGCGGGCGUGCUGAUGCUGCAGCAGCUGCAGCGGAAGCUUCCGCCGUGCAGCGUGCUAACGCAUGCUAACGCAGCGCCGCGAUGGCACCAUCUGUGUGUGCUGCGUCUCAGCCUGCAGGCUGCGCUCUGCACCUCGGGCAUGCUCGAUGCCUCGGGCACCGCAGCGUCGAAUGAGCGGCGUAUUCGUCCAUCACCGUCCGUCGUCGCGGCGCAGCGUGAGCUCUCGACGAAGCCGAAGCGCCAGCAGCAGGCCAUCCCUUGCGGAGCGGUCUCCUUCGCAAGACAGGGGCCAGCAGCGCCUUGCUCUCUCUCUGCUCGCAACGGCUCUCGACAAGACGCCGGCUGCAUCUGCAUCUCAGCGCCUGCCGCCUUUCAUGCCGUUGCGCUUGCUGCUUCCACGGGCGGAAGGGGAUGGACGAGCGUUGCCUUGUUGCGGCUCCGGCUCGCCAUCUCGCUUUCGGGCUCGCACUAGCGUCGCACGCCCACGCGGCCGGCGGACGUCGAGAGGUGCGACGCUGCACAUCCGCUGCGAGGCGUCAGCAGCAAGACCACGAGCUCGCUCGUCGUCGCCGUGCGCCUCUGCCGUCUGCACGCUGCUCCGCAUCCGUGACCCCCCUCGUCCGUCCCGAUCGCUCGCCCAAGCCGUAGCGUGGGUCGCGGCCACGCUAAACGUCAGCGCACGGCGCAAGCGUCUCGCAACGGUGCCCGCCGCGGCCCGACUUGUCCUCGCCUCGAGAUGACCACGGCGCCGGCGUGUCACGAAGCUCACCCCAGCCUCUGCUGGCUGCGCCACGCGGCGUGCCCAGCCGCGCCCAGCGAGUCUGGCCCCUGCGUGUUGCAGCGCGGCGGGAAUGUGGCGCACGGCCAGCGGCGCAGGCGUGCGUGCGACGGCGGACCCGGCAGAACUGGCUCGUGCUGGGGUGCCUCGGCGGGAGAUGAAAUUGAAUUUGAGCGAGG